GCUGGCGAAGAUGGCAAGCGUGCGGAGUGCCAUGUCGCUUCUUGGUGUCGUCCUCGGGAUAAUCUUGGCCCUUACCGUGCAAACAAAGGCCGAAAAUUCAACUAAUAAAGAAUGGUGGGAAGAUACAAUCGUUUACCAGAUUUGGACGAGGUCCUUUCAGGAUAGCGACAGCGAUGGAAUUGGCGAUCUUCAGGGUGUAAAAAGCCGACUUAGUCACUUCGUGGACUUAGGAGUAGAAACAAUAUGGCUAAACACAAUCUACCCUUCACCUCUCUCAGAUUCAGGGUACGACGUGACGGAUUACGUAAACAUUGAUUCUGUUUAUGGUGACCUCGACGAUUUCGAUGAACUUAUCACUGCGGCUCAUGACCUUGGGCUCAAAGUGAUUCUGGACUUUAUUCCCAACCAUUCAAGCAUCAACCACACCUGGUUUAAUGCCUCAGCUUAUCGUACUGAUCCUUACACGGACUACUAUAUCUGGGAUAAUGGAACUACGAAUUCCAGUGGAUACAGUCUUCCCCCCAACAAUUGGGAAAGUAUACUAUCUGACGAAGGAGAAGGCUCUGCUUGGUCAUGGAACGAAAUUCGUCAACAAUGGUACUUGCAUCAGUUUACCGCAAACGAAGCCGACUUGAACUUGAGGAAUGAUGCUGUAAUCGAAGAACUCCUGGACAUUCUUGAUUUCUGGUUAGAUAGAGGAGUAGAUGGUUUCUACAUAAAUGGAGUCCCUUACUUCCUCGAGGACGACGAUCUGACUGAUAAUCCCACAGGUUCUUUAAUCCAUACCUUUGGUCUCGCUGAUAACGUCGGCCUGCUCUCUAAAUUCCGAGAACGCAUAGAUACCUGGGUGUUACGUAACAACAACAUCACAAAAUUCGUGGUCGCAGAAGGUUUUGAAAACACUGAAAAUCUAAUGGCGUACUAUGGCAAUGACACAAACAAAGGUAUCGCACCAGUGAACAUUCAUUUCAUCAAGGAGUUCACCAGUACUACCAACGCCUCCUACAUCAAGAGUACAAUUGAUGAAUGGAUAUCGGCACUUCCAUCCAACCAAACCUCUAACUGGAAGCUUUCCAACCAGGAUUAUUCCCGCAUUUCGUCGAGAUAUGGCCUCAACCGUGCCGAUGGUCUGAAUAUGUUCGUCCUUUCAUUGCCAGGACGUGUUUUCACAUACUACGGCGAGGAAAUAGCGAUGCUUGACACCACUGACAUAACCUAUGCAGAAACCGUUGAUCUUUUGGCUUGUGCUGCUGGAGAGGACAGCUACGCAGAUGUAACAAGAGAUCCGUAUAGAACACCCAUGCAGUGGGACGCCACGUCUAAUGCAGGAUUUACCGAAAGCUCGAGUGCUUAUCUUCCUGUGCACACAAGUUACUCAACCAGAAAUGUAGAAUCACAACUAGCUAGCACAUUGAGCAACAUUCAAACUUACAAAGCAGUUUCAGCGUUAAGAUCAAAUCCAACAUUUAGUUAUGGAACUUAUGAGAUUGAAACUGCAAACAACGACAAAGUUCUUAUUGUGCGAAGAUCACUGGACGAUAACCCAACAUACAUCGUGGCAAUCAAUCUUGCCUUGUCGAAACAGACCGUCAAUCUUACCGACGUAUUCUCAGAUGUGUCAACCAAUCUCACACUUGCUGUUCGUUCUGCCAAUGCUGUUUUCGAUAACACUAAAGUCACCAGUGAUGGAUUUACACUGACAGCCAAUGCUGCGGUUAUACUAACGGACGCCGUUGAUGAUGGUGAGUCUUCUUCCAGCGAGGGCCUAGCUGCAUCUACGAAGAAUAUAGUGCUACUUUGUGCAUUUGCUAUUCUCAGUUUUUAAGACUGCAUGCUUCUCCUUCAGUAACUAAUCCUAAUUCUCGAAUGCGUAGAAUGCACGUUCUUGUUUUUGCAGUAGAAUUGUAAGAGAGUAGUGAGUAGAACACUGUGCCUUAAGUUCGAAAGAAAUAUGUGUUUAGAAUCUUGCGUGUACGCUACUAGUAUGAAGUAAAUUAUACCUAUACAGAGAGCUGGAGAAAAUGACGGAUUACAAGAGAA